AUGUAUAGUAUCAUCCUAGAUCUAGAUAGUCUCCUGCACGCCCCAUGCCCUUCUGAGGGCUGGGAAUACCUAUCCUCCUCGGCUUUCAAUGAAGAAGUAGAAGAAGAAGAAGAAGAAGAAGCUGAAAGAUCUUCUUCGUGGCCCCCGGCCGAUGUUUCGCAAGUCGCAGCGAUGGCUUCGUCUCCGACGAUCCCGCCUGUCGCCCCGGACCCCUUCGAUCUAGGGGUCCACACUCCCGCUAAUCUGAACCGAAGAGCCCGUGCAGCCCUCUUGCAGAACAGCCCCGCGGUCGUGAACAGCCCCAUUGGUGUUUCACCCAGACCUGGGCGGACGGCCCAGACACCGUCCUCGCCACUCAACGCCGCCACCACUGCUGCAGCUACGGAAGGAGCUGAGCGUGCCAAUCCCGCAUCGACCCCUGAACAGCAACCAAUCUCUAUUAUCGAAUCGGCCAAUGAUCUCGCGCGUAAACACGCGGAAGAGUACGACGCCAAACUAAUGGUCUUCCAGGCCUUCUGCGCCAAGCUUGAAGAAGCCAACAAGCAAUUCACCUCCGGACCGCAGCGACGUUUCGCUCAGAAGUUUGUCGACAGCGUCCUUGACGCCUGGAAACGAGAGCUUUCUAGCGAUGUACCAGCUUCUAAACCUACCUACAGCAGUGUCGCCGCCGCCUCGCUCCCCGCUGACCGCGCCCGCACAGCCCACCAGCAUCAUCAUCAUCAACAACAACAACAGCACCGACAAUCGGGCCCACCUCAUCGCCAAGAGCAACAAGCCACCAUCGCCGCCCCACCCCGACAGGACCUCCGCGUCUUCGUCCGUCUAGAAGCCGGAGCUCCGGCUAGGGACCAUAGCGGCUAUGCCAUCCGGACCCUGAUCAGGGAAAAACUCGGCACCGUCUCGGACAAGGUCCGACAGGUAUUCCAGGUCAGGUCGGGAUGGGCAGUCCUGACUGCCGACCAUGAAACACGCGAUUUUCUCGUAGAGAAGCAGGCCGAGUGGGCGGCUGAGCUGGGAGCUACGGCGGUAGAAACAAACAAGGAAUGGCAUACUUACGUGGUCUCAGACUUUCCCAGAAGACUGACCGACUUUCGCGGCAACGAGGUGGAUAGUGACAGCGUUGUCAGUGAUGAGAUAGAAAUCCAGACAGGGCUCAAGCCCGUUGAUAUACGUCCUGGAAGACAAUUCUCGGAUAACCCUUUGACCAAGACUCUCCUUGUCUCCUUCCUGAAGCCCACCAAGAAGAGGUUCUGGUCCCUCUUCGGGAGCCGGGCGGCCAGACUCGUAGACAAAAGCGACGUACCCAAGCAGUGCGAAACGUGCUGGGGCUACCACUUUACCCGCAAGUGCCAUAGACAGCCAGUCUGCCAACGCUGUGGCAAGACUGGCCACUCUGGAGACGACUGCGCUGCAUGGGAGCAGUGCGUCAAUUGCUUAGGCCCUCACGAUGCCAGCCUUCGAGCCGUGGACAGCCCAUACGAAAACGCCUUGCUUGACAGACCCACUACACCUCACCCAGUAGAGUCCUGGGACAGUAACGAUACUCGACCUAGAGUGAUGACAUAUGUCCGACGAGACCCAAGGCUUCUCGCUGACCAGAUACGACCGUUCCAGACUCGCGAUAUUCUCUGGAUCACAAUCAAUGGCGUGACUGUAGUCAACUUCUACCGCCAGAACGACGAAAGGGAUGCCCUUGACACGCUGCUCCGAUGGCCGCCCGGAAGCUGCCUCGUCGCUGGCGAUUUCACUGAACAACGCAGAAGGGCAGACUACGGACCGCGGCCAAGAGAUUGCCGAUAUCCCACCAAACCCCGAACACAAUCGCUUUUGCCAACAUCCCACUUGCUGAAAGCCACUGUUGAGGACCAUUCCCGUCGCCACUUCACCCUCAGCUUGACUCUCCCCAACAUAAAGCCCGCUCCACUACAGCCGGGCAAGAUUCGAGUGACGACAGAAGAUGAGCUUAAACGAUCCGUCGAGACCGUAGAGCUUGAGCCACAGAGACCCCCUCAGAGAUUCAACGCCCGCGGAGCUGGACAAUUGUUCACUUCGAAGGCAGUGGGUCGGCCCUCACGGAAAGGUGGCUGCCCAGCUCCAUGGUGGACAGAAGAGUGCGCCUGUGCGGCGGCUGCAUUCGGCCUCAAGAGACCCCCUAGCUUCAAUCAGGAUGUUAAGAUCGCCAAGAGAGACUUUCAUCGCGUGGUCCGCCGAGCAAAACGAAAGUACUGGCGGGAACUCAUCGAUAGCUUCUCCAGCGCAGUGCUGUCUUAA